UCCCAUUGGAUAUCGGACAUCGUGUGUGGCGUGUCGAUGCCGUGCGAAUCCUGCAUUACGCUCGUAACUACGGGACGCGUGCAUGAUGCUGAAACCAUUGUAAAAGUGCCGCGAGUCGAACGGAAUAACUCAAUGGGUGUAAUCGGUUAAUUCCAGCGUUCUGUUUAGUUCACGUGCAUUGUCAAGAAGAAUAUGAAUCGCAAGUACACUGCAGCAUCAUUUAAUCGCAUGGUGUAAACGUGACUUCAAAAUGCAUUUUCACGUUGCACGAUUAGACGAGAGUUGAGAGACAAAAAGAGGGAAAAAAGGAGGUAAAAGGAAACGCAGAAUCCCAGAAACGCAGGCUCACGUUUCUCAAACUCGCGUUUUGUGAUUCGAGUAUAUAUAGAUGCAGUUAUGGGCUUUUACAGAGCAUGUGUGUGCCCGUAACUUUGAUCCAUACGUUGUGCGUAUUCGAGAAUUGGUUAUCACGUUUACUGACACUGCAAAUUGCAUAGAAAAUCGUGAAAAAUACGAUGGCUGAUUUCUCAGCCAAACAUUGGCAAAAUAAUUUGUGAAACAUAUGGCAGACAAGGAAUCUUUGAAUUACCGUACACCUUGUACGGAUAUUAACGAUGAGAUUGAAGGUCUUAAUGAAAGGCUGUUGCAAUUGUUAAGUGCACAAAAAGUAUCUUCACCAGAUGCAACAGCUAAUAAGAGCCAAUCAUUGUGUAAUAGUAGAUUAGGAAAUAAUAGUGGUUCUAAGGUAGAAUUAGAGUCAUCUGCUUCUCCAUUGUUCAGUCAUUAUAGAUAUGACUGUUCUUUUAUGCAUCAUGACAGCCCAGUUAAUAUGCCAACUGUACCAAAUUAUCUUCCACCUAUUGGUGUAUUUUGGGACAUUGAGAAUUGCCAAGUUCCUAAGGGCAGAUCCGCCAUAGCAGUUACGCAAGUAAUUAGGGAUAAAUUUUUUAGUGGUUAUAGGGAAGCAGAAUUUAUUGUAGUUUGUGACGUUCAAAAGGAAAAUUACCAAAUCAUACAGGAACUGAACGACGCUCAAGUUAAUUUAAUACAUGUAUCUGCUACAUGCAAGAAUGCUGCUGAUGAGAAACUUAAGCAAUCCAUCAGGAGAUUUGCUGACAUUCAUGGUAGUCCAGCAGCUAUAAUCUUAAUAUCCGGCGAUAUUAAUUUUGCCGCUGAUCUCAGUGAUUUACGUCAUAGGAAAAGAAUUCAUGUGAUACUGCUGCAUAAAAAAAAUACCUCAGAAGCAUUAAUAUUAUGUGCUAAUGAACACUAUGAUUUUACGGAGCUCAUGGAACCACUGCCGUCCAGAACUCCAGCAAAGGGUGUUGAAUCCUAUGACCUUCUAGUUAGUAACCUUCCUGAUGAAAAGGAUGUUGUAGUCAUUAAACGUCGUCUUAAGCAAUUAUCUGAUAACUGUGGUGGUCGUGUGGUGGAUGUCCAGUCAAAUACAGCUAUUGUACGCUUCACAUCGCAAAGUUCUGCAGACAGGGCUCAGAAGCGUAUGGACGGAGAAUAUGUUCUUUCGUCGAAAAUAUCUGUAAGACAUUAUAAAGAAAAAGGAAAUACAAUCAAAAACCAAGGAAGUAUUAUAACACGUAGUCGAGCAGUUAGUGAGUCAGAAAUUGUUGCUAACUCCUCUAAGCAAAUGUACGGUGGUGCGGGCGCCUCCGUAUCAGGGACGAGGGCCCUACAGUUUUCGCAUUAUCAAUCAUCGUCACCUGUAGUAGGCGCUUAUCCUACUUUCAACACUCAUUGUGCAUCUGUCAAUACUACAUCAGGGGUGAUACAGCAACCUCCGAUAUUUUACGGGAGAUCAUAUCCGAAUAGCAGCGAUGUGGCUUUUAAUAGAACAUAUAGUGAUCUUGGUAGAGUGCAGUCGCCAUUAAUCUGGCAAGUUCCAGGGCCUCAGUCAUAUGGCCAGUUGUGGGAAGAACAAUACAAAAUGGAGAAGCAGAAAUUGGGCAAGCGAGUUCACGUCUCGCAGGUUCGAGACAAUAAUAUUUCUAGUAAUGCAAUCUCUCGUACUCCCGAAGGCCUUAGACGCGUUAGAGGCACACAUAAUUCGUUCGUUCAUACUUCCGACUGGAUUGGAGGACGACAGUUAGCUGUUCCACCUAAUUACAAUACCAGUGGACAAACAAAUCCCUUCAAACGGCGCAGUCCGUCUCCGUUGUACGAUGCACAAAUUAGAGAGAAGAACGUAUGGAACGGUCAGAAUCAACAACAAAUUUCUGCACGUAACAACAGAACACCAUCACCUUACGAGAAUAGCAUAUUGCAAGGAACGGGACAACACAAUCAGACCUCACGUUCGCACCAGAGCGAUGCGGAGAAUGAGGAAGUGGAGAAAUUGUUCAAUCCCAUAAACAAUCGCACUGCACCCGGCACGAAUAAUGGCGCUAAUACAACUAUCGAGUUACAAGUAACGAAUCUGGAUCAGAACAUCGAUACGAAGGACAUGAAACGGAUCCUCUCGUCUGUAUUUGCAGAACACGUAACAGUAUUACAUAUUUCCAUAUUCAUGCAGUCGGACGGCAACUUUGCAGCUAGCGUGAGAGUACCUUCGUUGCCAGACGCACAAUAUGCAAUCUCGCAGUUGCAUCGCCGUAAAGUAGGCUACAAGCGCAUUUUGAUAUCGUACGCUCACACUGGUGGCCCGAACCCGCAGCUCAUUCGUGCGCAAAUCGUGAUGCUCUUGCAAGAGGUACCGGGGCACAAGCUCCCACUGUUCAAAUUCCGCGAGAUGUACGAGAGCCGGUUCAUGAUUUCCAUUAGCGUGUCUGAAUUAUAUAAAAUGAAGGAUGUAUGCCUAAUUACGGAGGAUACAAGUGGCAGAAUGGUUUCGCUCAAUCCGGAUCACAGGAAUACCCCGUCGCCAUGCAACACGACACAGGAGGGACAAGUCAAAUUGCCGUAUUGCACGAUCCAUAUCUCGAAACCGUUGACGUCUGACAAAGGUUGGGCGGAACAGGAAAUGGCAUCUUUACCUAAUGUGAAGAUUUCCUUGAAAAUUCUCGAGACCCGUAUGCAACAAUUGCUAGCGUCGCACAACGGCAUUCUACCUCUGCCAAGCCUGCCGAAUUGUUUCGAGGCUGAGUUCAAGGAACCGUUAGAGAUUGUAGAUAGUGGCGUACCUUUGGAGCACUUGAUAUCCUGCUUAUCGUCGGUGGAAUUGAGACAGGACAUCGGAAGCGUGAAAUACAUCGUAUGGAUAGGAAAUAUAAAUGUCGAGAGUAAUCACGAAGAAAUCAAGUGUGUGAGUCCGUCGCUCGCGAAUCAGCUGGCCCUUUUCAGUCGCGAAUUGGUUGAUCUUCUGAAAACUGCUCCGCACUGCCAAUUACCCUUUAAUCGAUUUAUACCGGCGUAUCAUCAUCAUUUCGGCCGGCAAUGUAGAGUUGCUGAUUACGGAUUCACCAAACUAAUUGAUUUGCUGGAAGCGCUUACACACACGGUUCAGGUAAUGGGCGAGGGCAACAAACGCAUCGUUACUCUGUCACAUCGCGCGCAAGUGCGGCGUUUCACAUCGGAUCUGCUGCGAGUGCUGAAGUCCAAAGCGAGCAAGCAAGUAGCACUUUCGGAAUUUCCAACCGUUUAUAGCAGAGUGAUAGCAAAACCGUGGGACAUUGUGGACUACGGCGUGUGCGACAUCGAUGAUAUCCUCGGGGAGGUGUCCGAAAACACGGUCGUUGUAACGUCCCUCGACAGCGGUGACAAAAUGAUAGCUAUUCCCAAACGCGAACAGACCGCGGAGGAAGUGGAGCGCACCAAACUGUUUGCCAAAGAGGUUGUCGAAUUGCUGCAACACGCACCUCAGUGCAGAAUGCUGUUCAACAAGUUCGUACCUUCCUACCAUCAUCAUUUCGGCCACCAGUGUCGUGUGUCGGACUACGGCUUCACUAAGUUGAUCGAGCUGUUCGAAGCGAUUCCGGAUGUCGUGAAAAUCGAGGAGGUAAACGGAGGUGAGCGGCAGAUAUCCUUGACCGAGAAGGAAGGCCUGAAAGUCCUAGCUGAGCAAAUAUCAAAAUUGGUGAUGCGCGCCAAAGGUGGCCUUAGCAUUUCGAGCAUCGCGCAAAUGUUCUCUCAUCAAUUCGGCUACUCCCUGCGUCCAGAAUUGUUCGGCUGCAGUUCGAUGUUGCAACUCAUGCAAAAACUUGAAGAUACCAUUAAGAUCAUCGAUCUGGCGACGGGACCCGCCAUCGUCACGAUCGACAAGUCGCACCUGCAACAGACCAUUCUCCAGUGCCGACGUAUUUUGAUGGAUCAACCACAGUAUCGAAUGCCCGUGAGAGAAUUUCUGCGGCAGUACUCGCAGUAUCACCUAAAGCCAUGUAAUCUAGACGAGCUUAAAAGGGACCUUGCCAAUGUCUUUCGGUUUAUAAUGGUAAAUGGCGAGCAGUUUAUCGAAUUGACACCAUUGCAUCGCUUCGCCUGCGACGUUUGUCGCGUAAUGAUGAAUUGCGGCGGCAUAUUAAACCUGUCCCAGUUUGACGUAGCGUAUUCAACCAUCAUAGGCACACCCUGUAAGCCCGCGCAGUACGGUUUCCCGACGCUGACCGCGCUGUUGCAAGCGUUACCGUGCACCGUAACGAUCAAAGACACGCGCAAGAAGAAGGGAAUGAUUUAUUUAAACAAGAAAUUAAUCGCCGCGGUUAACGUAUUGCUGCCAUCGUACAAGCCAGCCUCUUCCUACCACGAUACGGAUUCUAGUAACGAUUCGUUCGAAAGCGACUCCUCUUAUCACGUGAAUGUCUCCAACGCAUCGAGCAUGAUAGACGAUCCCGAAAAAUGGUUUGAGCACGUGACGAGCGUCAACUCGUGGAAGGCCAAAGAGGAGAGGAGCUUCUGGUCCAAAGACUGUGAUAAGCACUGGAAGAACUUGCAGAGCAUAGAAGAUCACUCGAUCAAUUGGCCGAUAUCGGAAAGCAGCAGCGAGAGUCUCAUGAGGAGCCUGAUACGCACACCAAUUAUGCGUCACAACUUCCCACUGCCCCCGCCUAAGCCUGAUUCUCCGCCCGAGGAAACUCUACCGAAAGGAGAUUGGAAGUGUUCACUGUGGAUGUCCCCAGGCAAGUUUCCGUACCCGCAGGAUGAACAUUCCACGAAUGUGCAGGUUCCGCCGUUAACUCUGCCAAGCUGGAAUCCAAUCACGUCCAACGAUGAUACGUCGGAUCUGCUGUCGCCGACGAAAAAUCUGCUGCCCGCUGCCGCGAACCCCUUGUACCCGCAUACCUCUCCCUACUACACCAAGUGUAACACAGUCGUCGCGCCGCACCCGUCGGAACUGCCGCUUCCCUCUCUGUCUCUGACGCCCAAGAAGAUGUCGGCGGACAAUCAGAAGAAGAACGCCAGGACGUACCUCAGCCUCGCGAGUUCUGACAGCGACAAUAAUACCGUCGACGACGAUGAGAACAGCGACGCUCACAGCACCUCCGGCAAGCCUUUAGUGAAAGGGAAGAGACGCCUGGCGGCUCAGUUCAAUCAACCGAUCGAGUCAUAAGCAAAGAAUACACACGUACGUACGCACAUAUAUAUAUAUGUAUAUACAUAUGUACAUAUAUAUACACAUAUAUAUAUAUAGUGAGGGGAAAGGGAGGGACGGAGGGAGAGAGAGAAAGAGAGAGAGAGAGAGAUAAGGCGAUAGGCAUGUUGAGUUCAAAAUCGGAAAACUGAUUGAGUCAACGUUUCGGUAAAUCACCACGUACACAUGUACACAUACACACACACACACAUACACUGACACACACGCGCACAUACGUACACUUGAUGGGUUAAAUUAUACCUAUAUACUGUUCUACGAAUGGUAGGUACCACACUUCAUUUAUACUCGAAAUUUACAAUAAAUUUGUGUAUAGAUUAAAUGUGUAUGCAAACCGACAAAGAGAAGCGAUGAGAGUCAAGUGAGUUAUUUUCAAAGUGUAUGAAAAUAUACAAGUCGAGUUAGGUCGUCGAGUGAGGUCAGGAUCAUAACAUAACAUGCGGCGUUCAUAGCAAGUGACAUAUGCUGACGGUAUUGCAUAUAGAACGUGUAAAGCAUUUUUCGUACUGUGAUAUAGGAUAUAAAAACAAGCAAGAUGAUAGUAAUAGUACAUCAGGGAGGAGGCUUGGAAUGGCAAUAAUUUAUCUUUAGGCAAAUCGCAUACGUACGUAGACACGUGGCCCAAUGUAAUUGACUUUGAAUUAUAUAAUUAUAUAAUUAUAUCUCUAAGAUGAAAUUAUAUAAUUAUAUUUAUCUCUCGCAUCCUACUUUACGCGCUGCCUUUUGUAUUUGAUAUCUUAUAUUAUCUCUCGCUUUAGUCUUUCUCUUAUAUGUGUCUACCUGUAUAGUGUUUACUACAAUCGACUUAUACUUGAUUGUUUUACGACUGUUCCUCUUAACAGUACAUAUCACGGCAUAAUUUGCACCUGUUUUUAAUUUUAUAUAAUUCCUCGCAUAAAGCUAAAAAGAGGUCAAGCUAGAUUUCACAUUCGGUACAUUAAUGUUCCCUCACGGAUAAAUUAUUGGACCACUUUAAUUUGCCUAUAAUCUUGUACUACCGGAGAAAAAGAGUGAGACCGAAGGGGCUUAAGAAGAAAAAGUUGCAUUUUCACACACGACAUAUGUCUAGAACAAAUUAUUGUGCACAAUUGUUGCCAACUACCAAGAACCAAGUGAACUGAAAAUCAUUUGUCUACCAAUGCACCUUCACGUGUACAGCUAUUCAUCUUAAUCGCCUUACAAAUUUCCCACAUCGACAUAUUUUUUUUUACGGCGCAAUGUGUAAUUUUACUUUGCAAAUGUCUUGCGGAAACUAAUGUGUUAUGAAUCUGAUGAGAUGCAAAAUUGGAUUGCGAUAUUAUUAUUAUUAUUAUUAUUAUUAUUAUAUUACGGGAUACAAUGCUAUUUAUAAGUUGUCGUACAGAUAAAGAGAAACGCAAGAAAAGACAUGAUUUUAUCGUUGAAAACAUUUUCGAUGUUGAUGAAUUAGUACUAUUGUUCAGUAUAUAGCGCAAGUAUAAUUGAAGAAUAGUAAAAGUGAUAUGGUGCGACACGCGGAAUAAUUUUAACAAAGAUCAUUGCGAGGACAAACUCAUUGAAACUGCUGAAAAUAUUGCGAUAAGUAUCUCACGAUUUUAUUUUAAAGGAGACAAAACAAAGUGUAAAGCUUGCACCUUGGGUAUAUCUCUCUCUCUGUAUCGCUCAGUGUAUCACCGCGCACAUCGAUUUCUUGUCCCGCUCUUCUUCCGAGUCGAAGAGAGUCACCGCAACUGCGCGAUACAGAGCUUUUUUUAUACUUUGUUAGAGUAUACACACACACAUACACAGAAUGCGUGAUACGUAGGUUGCACAAUCUGGAUUCGUUGUUCUCUGAAUUGUACAGAAAUAAGUGUUACGAUCUCACUUUUAAUCUUAUUAUACCUCAUGCUCAUCUCGUUGAUGUGACAUGGAUAUGUAAUGAUUUUGCAGCAUGAAAUGGUUUAUUAGGUCGUAUCAUUGAAUCAUCGCUAAAAGUUAUUGCGAGUUUUGCGGCGAAGUAAUUGUCGAUUUGUCACUAGAUUGAAAAUUGAUGAAACGCGUUAGCAAUUUUUCUGGAAAUUUGAGGUAACGCACAACAUACUUGCUGUCUGAAGAUUCGCAAGACGUUUAGUGAUGGUCAGGAUCGGUAUAUCAAAGACGGUUAUCAUGAUCAUAAUAUUUCGCGACACUUUUUAACAUUUUGUUUAUUUAUUCCUAUUAGAAGCAAUCGUUUUGUUACAUGUUGUUUACCCAUGUGUAAGAAUCAAUCCUAAUGUAUUUUAUAUCACCGGAAGAUUUUGUACGUGUCUUAUAGAGGAAUUUUUAAUUUGUUCAGUCGUGCGGGCAUCUCUUACGUCGUGCCAACCGUACCACCGCGUAAGACAUCCCCCGCGCGCGCGCGAGUAGUUGUUUGCAUUAUAAAUAGUACUGUAUAAUGAAUAUUUUAUAUGUAUCCAAUUCACUUUGGCCAUUCCAAAUAAUGGAUGAGUAAUUUAAUUAAUACAAACACAAUAUCGAGAGAUAGAGGAAACUGUAAAUGCGAUCAAUGUGUACAAUUUUAUCGUAAUAACAAAGAAAAGAUAUUGUAAUAUAUAAAUCACGGUGAAUCUUCUAAACGAGUGUUUCUUAAAUUAAUUUGGUAUACAUGUACAAUAAGCAUAAUGUUUUUAUAUAUUGUACAAUGAAGCAAGGAAUAAAAAGAAUUGGCUCAUUCAA